AUAAACUGGAAAAUGAAAGUUGUGGGUCUAAUUUCUAAGUACAUUUUGGUUUAGGUACAAAAAGGCAAUACGUCACGAAAAAGUAGCGUUCAAAAUGGCGGGGUUUCCAGCAGGUGGCACGGACAAUAUUCUUCUGGUUACUGAUUCUUACAAGGUGACACAUCAUAUGCAGUAUCCCCCGAAUACGACAACUGUAUACUCGUACUUUGAAAGCCGAGGUGGCAAGUUCCCGAACACUGUGUUCUUUGGACUGCAGUACAUUCUGAAGAGAUGGCUCACUGGACAGGUGAUCACGCUCGCCAAGAUAGAAGAAGCAAAAGAACUCUACACAAGGCACUUCGGCAAAGAUCUCUUCAAUGAAGAAGGAUGGAAAUAUAUUCUUGAGCAUCAUAAUGGCUACCUACCUCUGAGGAUUAAAGCUGUACCAGAGGGAUCGGUUAUUCCUUACAAGAACGUUCUCAUGACGGUCGAAAACACAGACCCAAAGUGUUUCUGGCUCACAAACUAUUUUGAGACUCUUUUGGUGCAGGUUUGGUAUCCCAUGACGGUUGCGACAAAUUCGCGGUACCAAAAAGAAAUCAUUGCAAGUUACCUUGAUGAGACUGCAGACAAUCUUGCUGGUUUACCAUUCAAGCUUCACGACUUUGGAUUCCGAGGAUCAACAUCAGUUGAGUCUGCAGGGAUUGGGGGAAUGUCUCACCUUGUUAACUUCAUGGGCACGGACACUAUUGCAAGCAUCACGACAGCCAGAACCUACUACGGUUGUCCCAUGGCAGGAUUCUCCAUCCCAGCAGCAGAACACAGUACAAUCACCACAUGGGGAAAAGAUGACGAGGUGGCUGCAUUUAGAAACAUGUUGGAGCGUUUUCCCGACGGCCUCAUGGCGUGUGUUAGCGACAGUUACGACAUUUGGAAUGCCUGUGAGAACGUGUGGGGCAAGGAGCUCAAAGAACUGGUUAUAGCUCGGGGAAAACACAACGGCACAUUGGUGGUCAGACCAGACUCGGGGGACCCACCUGAAGUAGUCAUUAAGGUUCUGAAUAUUUUUGGAGCAAUCUUUGGUACGUCUGAGAACUCGAAAGGCUACAAGAUGUUGCCUCCGUACCUGCGCGUGAUCCAGGGAGACGGGAUCAGCUACGAAACACUCGAAUCGAUCCUGUCACGCAUGAAGGAGAACAAGUGGAGCGCGGAGAACCUAGCAUUUGGCAGUGGUGGCGCUCUGCUUCAGAGACUCAACCGCGACACACAGAAGUGUGCGUUCAAGUGUAGCUUUGCUGUUGUAGAUGGAAAACAGGUGAAUGUCUUCAAGGAUCCUAUAACGGACCACGGUAAGAAGAGCAAGAAAGGUCGUUUGACUUUAGAAAAAACUAAAGACGGAUAUGCCACAAUGGAGGAAGGACAUGGGGAUCCCAAGAAGGACUUGCUGGUAACUGUGUUUGAAAAUGGAAAACUACUCAAAGACUACUCAUUUGAUGAAGUUCGACAGAAUGCUGAGCUAGAUUUAGUAAAACAAAGAAAGUCGUCCCAAUAAAUACAUGUGUUGUAUAACCUGUGUGUAUGGAUGUCUGCGCAUUGGACUCUUAACUGAAUACAAGAUUCACACCACAUUCAUGCAGUUAUUUCUUAGACAAGCUGCACUAAAGAACCAAACUUCAUGUAUAAUGUUAUAAAGGGAGUGAAGAGACAGUUUUUAUAUUUAAAAACAUUUUUUACUUACUUUUUUUUCUUCUGUCUGUGGAAUUGAUAUUUGCAAUGUCUUUUACAAGUAUAACGGAUUUUGACCAUUUUUCUUACUGUGUAGAAUUGGUAUUAAUACUUUUGUACCUGUAAAAUUGAAAAUUCUUGUAGAAGUCACAGUGAGUAUUUCUUACCUGUAGAACUGACAAUGACCAUUUCUUACCUGUAGAACUAAUCUGAACGACAAAACCGUAAUACAUGAUCAGGGUGAUAUCUCUGUACAAUGCAGAGUCGAAUGAGCAUUUGGCAAAAUAGUGGAUGAUUCCAUGAAUCUCUUUCCAGUAUGUUGUCUAUAGGAUGAUAGCCACUGGAAAUUUCAUCCAUCUUGCAUGGCCACAAAGACGACAGCCAAUCCCAGACUAGUAAAUCAAAACUAGCACCGGACGGAGCUCAUUAGAAUAAGUACAGCUGUGAUGACAUGCACUCAUGAACCACUGUCAUAACUGAUGAUAACAGGUGGUCGAUAAGCAUGAGCAUAUCCUGCCCCACUGAUGGCACCCGUCAUGAGUACUGCCACCACAACUGUCGACAAACUAACAACAACCAUAUCUUACUGUAACGCUGACAACAACCAUAUCUUACUGUAACGCUGACAACAACCAUUUCUUACUGUAAAGCUGACAACAACCAUUUCUUACUGUAACGCUGACAACAACCAUUUCUUACUGUAACGCUGACAACAACCAUUUCUUACUGUAACGCUGACAACAACCAUUUCUUACUGUAAAGCUGACAACAACCAUUUCUUACUGUAACGCUGACAACAACAAUAUCUUACUGUAACGCUGACAACAACCAUUUCUUACUGUAAAGCUGACAACAACCAUUUCUUACUGUAACGCUGACAACAACCAUUUCUUACUGUAAAGCUGACAACAACCAUUUCUUACUGUAACGCUGACAACAACCAUUUCUUACUGUAAAGCUGACAACAACCAUUUCUUACUGUAAAGCUGACAACAACCAUUUCUUACUGUAAUGCUGACAACCAUUUCUUACUGUAACGCUGACAACAACCAUUUCUUACUGUAAAGCUGACAACGACCAUUUCUUACUGUAAAGCUGACAAAGACCAUUUCUUACUGUAAAGCUGACAAAUAACAUUUCUUACUGUAAAGCUGACAAAGACCAUUUCUUACUAUAAAGCUGACAAAGACCAUUUCUUACUGUAAAGCUGACAAAUAACAUUUCUUGCUGUAAAGCUAACAGUUUGUGACUUUUCCUGUAGAAGUGACUUUGACUCCUUCACUAAUGUGGAUCUUAUGACAAUGACCAUUUCAUUCACAUUGAUUUUACCUGUAGUACCAACAGAUAUUGUUAGUCUGUUUCUUAAUAUAUCUUUGUGACUGUAAAGUGUAAUUUACUUUCCUUAGGUCGACAAAAGUCACUUUUUCACACGCUUGUUUUGGCUUCGUACACAAUGAAUAUAGCAUCUCUCUCCAUACUUUCACUUCAAAUCAAUGGUAAAAAAAUGUAAUUACAAGAUUAGUAAUGUUAAAAAAAAAAAAAAUUAAUAGGAAUUUUUCCAGUGUUCUUAAAAUGGAAAUGUCAUGUAGCCCCGUUUAUUGUUAUUGUAAGAUGUAAAGUGAUGUCAUUGGAAUACAAAAUUAGAUGUAUUAUUAUCAUGCUUCUUCGCUACAUUAAAACAAAAACUGGUCUACUAAUGACCCCUGUCAAAAUUCUAUAACGAGUAGACAAUGCUGUGUACAAGUUGAUAUGUUUUAAUUUUUCAUAAUUCUGGACAAAAUAUUGUUUAAGUUUAAAAAGAUGGAAAAAAACCAAAAAACUUUUCAUCAAAUAUAUCAUUAAAAAAUCACUGUUAGAUAUGUUAUAUUUAUUGUGUACGAAGCCAAAACAAGGGUGCGAAGAGUGACUGUCGUCGACCUUAAUAAUGUUACAUAAUUACAAGUGUGUUUGUAUUUCACACUCGGAUGUUAUCCAUACAUCAUCUACAAAGAACUUAUUAUUUUUCGCUGAUCUCACACCAGUACCAUAAUACAUGAAAACAGAUCACGUUUAUACAGUGCUAUUAGUAUACUAGUAUUUAUGUCAUAGUGUGUUUAUAAUGUUAAUGCCAACGUCUUAAAUUCUUUUAGUGACACAUGAUUCAAUAUGUCCCAUGAAAAGAUUAUGGCACCCGUCAUAAGUACUAACAUUUAUUAUAGGUGAAUAUGCCUAUUUAUUUUAGAUGAAUAUGCCUAUUAUGUAGUUUGCAACAGGAUUACUAGAUGUCAGUUUGUUUAGACAUGCUUAAGAAAUUGAUUUUGCUUAACUUGCACAUAUAUUACUGUGAUUUUUAGGACUUUAACAUAAACAUAAUUUUUCUUUAACUAGUUAUUUGCCAGUAUUCGAUCAUUGAUGCACAGGAGGUAAAUAUGCUUGUAGAUAUUUGUUCUAUUUUUCAGUUUAUUUUUAAUGUAUCGGUUAAUAAUUCAAGACAAUCAUAAAAUACUGAUGCAGGUCUUUGAGAAUUAAUUUUUUUCUUAAAAACAAACUGAUGUAACCCAUUUAAUUUUUGUGUACCCCAUCAUAACCAUGUAAACGAUGUCCUAAAUUUAAUACCUCAACAAAAAUUGAGAAACUGAUUUGUGUCCAGUGUGAGCAAUGUGUGAAUAAAACUGUCAAUGUUGCCGUUUUCCGAGGCCUGUGAUGUAUGCUAGUAUUUUUGUCAUACUACUGGAUAGCAUACUUUGGGUGAUCACACAAUUCCUGUACCUUUGUUUGGGGUUUGUACACAAGAAAUAUUACAUAUCCAACAGUAUUAAAUAAUUUUUAUAUAUUUCAUGAAUGGUACUUGUUUGUCUCCCCUUGAUGAAGUGAAAAGAUGAAAUUGAGAUCUUACUUUUCUUAAAGUAGUGACCGUGUCAAGUUUUGUAUUUAGCUCAGUCUUAUAGUUUCGUGUUCGCUCCAUUUCUUCACUAACUGACAAUCGUGGAUCAAUAGUUGCAGUUUUGAAUAUUUAUCUCAACUAGUGUUAAAAUAUUUAUUUUUAUUAUUUAUUUUUUUUGGACAUGUAUCAUGAUGAACAUCUGUGGGUGGAACUAUCAGUGACACCGAAUUUGUGGUAGGCGAAAAAUUUCAUUCUACAGAAUUUUACUUUCAUCUUUUCUAACCUAAACUUAAUAUCUUGUCAACAGUUAUGUAAAUAGAAGUAUCUGCUUAAAUAGGGGUUAAGAUAAGUUGAUUUCUUUUUUGGUGAAGCAUAGUAAUAAUAUAGAUGUUUUUAAUUUGUGUGACGUCAGAAUUCAUAUGGCAUCACUUUGCAUCUCCCUACAAUAAUAAUAAACUGGGUGCAUGACGGUUCCAUUUUCAGAAUGCUGGAAAACUUUUAUUGCAAAAAUUGCUAUUAAAAAUCUUUUAUUCAAAGAUUACUAAUGCAUCUAAUUGUGAUUGAAGAAAAUAUUGUCCUUAAUUUUUUUUUUAUACCAUUUAUGAAAUAUAAAUAUGAAGUGAAAUUAUUAUAUGACAUGUUAUAUUUAUUGUGUAUGAAGAAAAACGAUGUUGAGGAAUUGUCUGUCAUUGAUGUUAGUUUUUAUGUCAUAACAUGUACACUAAAAUGUAAGAUAGUAUAUCGGUAUACCAUCCAGUACUAUUUGUCUUUAGAUCUUGGCAGUAUAUGAUGAUAUAACAGGUCAAGUCAACUUAGGUUUUCACUUCACCCAGCUGAUUGGGUUAGCCAAGUUCGAUACUUCAGGUAUGUACACGUGUUUUGUUCUGCUGAGAAACGCAUAUUAAAGGUUUGUUUGCCCCUAUGUGUACUCUAUUCACAGUUAACAGUAUGAGGGUAAUGACAACACCAAGCCGACUGUCUAUUCAGAGGUAGUGCUCAACUCUUGGGUCUGACAUACUGUGCAUCUUGUUGAUAAUAUUGUCAUACUUGUGGUGCUUUAUGAGAAUGGCAGUUUGCUGCAACCAAUUUUUUUAAGCUUUGUAUUUUAUUUUCAUGUAUGCUUAAGAGUUCAAACAUGCUGUCCUGUCCAGAUUGGGCGAGUGUUUAGAGAGAGAGACAAUGGAAUAGUGGCCUCCCACCUCCCAUUGUGUUGGUGGAACCCCCUCUGUGUGGGAAGUAGUACUGUGGUGCGAACCCAUUACCUGCUGUUCUUAAACAUGCUAUGUCUAAGUUGCAAUAAUGGUGGUUCCCAACAAAAAUAUUUAUCUAUUUUCGCUUUGAAACGUAAAGUUUAUACCUUGAGCUAUAUGCCCUUUAAAUUGCAACCCAAUAAUUUCAUUUACAUGUGGAUUUUUAUUCUUAGGGGGAAUCGUGACAGUGUUAUAUACAUUAACUAGUGACGACACUGUUUUAUGCGUACACAUUCAACACACUAAGUUUACACAGAAUGUUUUGCGGUUAACUGUCGAGAAAAAUAAAAAUGGUAGCCAUGCUAUAUUUAGCCACAAAUUAUUCGGGAGACCCCUCUUAUUGUCCAGUGCAAGACUUUUUAAAAUUAUUAUUCUGGAGUUAAUUAUGGAACAAUUAUGUGUGGGAUAGAAUUAAUUUGUAGUUAUAUAUUACAAAUAAAUUUGAAAAUAAAGAAAUAUUGUAAUGUCAAUUUUGACAUAGGACCUUUAAGGCCAGUGACCUAACCACUAUGUGUCUGAUGCCUGUGACUACGUUGGCUACUUCCAAUUACAGUUAUUCAGGAGGAGAUAACCUGGGUGGGUGGAGGUGACUGGAGAUCUUUAUUUUAUGUCUGGUGGACCUGCGACAUGUUCUCUCCUGUGCAUCCAUGGUUUAAAAGGGGCGAGGCGUAGGCCCGGUGGUACAGUGCUCGCUUGAUGCGUGGUCGGUUUGGGAUCGAUCCCUGUCGGGCCCAUUGGGCUAUUUCUUGCUCCAGCCAGUACAUCAAAGGCUGUGGUAUAUGCUAUCCUGUCUGGGAUGGUGCA